UUCUCCCAUCGCUUUUGAGUGCUCAUUCCCCAUAAAUAUUUUCCGGCUUUUUAAGAAUGUUUUCGCUACUGCAUAAAGAGGAAAACGCGCACGACAACGCGCUGUGGGCCUGCACUUGGGGCCGCGAUACCGCUGAUCCGGAUCCAGAUGAUGCUGCCACGGAACCGGAGGAGGAGAAUCCCUUCGACUUCGACAAGAAGGAAGCCAAGCCAAAGGAUUUCAUAGUCACUGGUGGAUUGGACGACCUGGUGAAGGUGUGGGACUUGCGGGAAGACAAUACCUUAAAACUGCGCCACAAGCUUAAGGGACAUGCUCUUGGAGUCGUUUCCGUGGCCGUUAGCUCCGAUGGACAAACCAUUGCCAGCAGUUCAUUAGAUUCCAGUAUGUGCCUAUGGGAUGCCCGGUCGGGAGAGAAAAAACACCUGCUUACCUUCGGACCCGUUGAUCUCUGGACAGUGGGAUUCUCGCCCUGCAACAAAUACGUGAUAUCUGGUUUAAAUGAUGGCAAAAUCUCGAUGUACAGUGUGGAAACGGGAAAGGCAGAACAGACACUAGAUGCACAGAAUGGCAAAUACACACUGAGUAUUGCCUAUAGUCCAGAUGGAAAGUACAUAGCCAGUGGAGCUAUCGACGGAAUCAUCACCAUUUUCGAUGUGGCAGCGGGCAAGGUGGUUCAAACUCUAGAGGGUCAUGCCAUGCCCGUUCGCAGCCUUUGCUUCUCACCCAAUUCCCAGAUGCUACUCACCGGGUCUGAUGAUGGUCAUAUGAAGCUUUACGAUGUAGCCCAUUCUGAUGUCGUAGGCACCCUUUCCGGUCAUGCCUCUUGGGUGCUGUGCGUUUCCUUUUCCGAGGACGGCAAGCACUUCGCCAGCUCCUCCAGCGAUCGCAGCGUCAAAGUAUGGGACACCUCGGAACGCAAGUGUCUGCACACAUUCGCCGAGCACACGGAUCAAGUCUGGGGUGUUCGCUACAGUCCAGGCAACGACAAGGUGGCCUCCGCCUCUGAGGACAAGUCACUGAACAUAUACUACUGUCCGCCCAAUGCCAUUGUGUGAUUCGCAUUUCGUACAAUACAGUGUAGGUUUAAAACAAAAA